AUGGCGUCUGCCGGUGGCCGUCAUAUCCCAGCCAACCUGCUCCCGGGAAAUCGAGGUGAAGAUGGCGGUUUACAGACCACGAACACAAGUGGAUUCCAAAGCCAGUCCCCCAUAGACAGCCCAGAUGCAAGCAGAGGUGCCCCUUGGUCUGAUAUACCUCCAUCUGCUCCUAGCGAGUCCACUGUCAACCCAGAGGAACGAUCUUCCAGACAGCCUGAUUCCUACCGAAGCCCGGGUAGAAACAAGUCGCGCGAUCGACAUGGCAAUUCAAAUGGACCUUCAACUAGCAAGUCUCCCAGUGGUAAUACCAGAAUCUGCAGAGUCUGUGGAGAAGCUCUGCUCGGACAGUUUGUCCGUGCUUUGGGAGGUACAUUUCAUCUGGAAUGUUUCCAGUGUAAAGACUGCGGAGAGAUUGUCGCCUCAAAGUUCUUCCCUGUCGACUCCGAAGACGGCACUUCCCAACAUCCCCUUUGUGAACGAGAUUAUUUCCGACGACUGAACUUGCUGUGCUUCGAGUGCGGCGGCGCCCUAAGAGGAUCUUACAUCACUGCCUUGGAUCAUAAAUAUCACAUUGAACAUUUCACUUGCUCAGUCUGCCCUACUGUCUUCGGAGCCCAGGACAGCUACUACGAACACGAAGGCAAGGUAUACUGCCACUACCACUACUCGACGCAGUUCGCUCAACGCUGUAACGGCUGUCAAACUGCAAUCCUAAAACAGUUUGUCGAGAUAUUUCGAAACGGCCAGAACCAGCAUUGGCAUCCUGAAUGUUACAUGAUCCAUAAAUUUUGGAACGUGCGCUUAUCCCCAAGUGGGAAACCGUUUGAACCUCCAGAGAUAGACAGGGAUGUCACUACCGAAGAACGAGAGCAGAUUCGAGAUGAUGAAGAGAAGAUGGAAGAAAAAGUCUACCGCAUUUGGAGCGUACUUUCUGCGUUUGAAGAAUCGUCUGCGGCUUGCAUUUCUGAUAUGCUACUACAUGUUAGCAAUGGUGCAUAUGUCGAUGGUGUAGUUGUUGCGAAAAAGUUCAUUUUCCACAUCGAGGUCUUGUUCAAGGGUACAGACCAACUUGCGGCUCAGAUUUCAUUGCUUGGCAUAAAAGAAAUAGCAUAUGGCAGAGAGGCGAAGCUUCUUUGUAAGAAGGUUGUCUCCUUCUUUUCUUUACUUUCAAAGACUCAGGAGACUGGCGUUCGGAAACUUGGUGUUACACAAGAACUCCUUGCUCUUGUCACAGGGCUUGCGCAUUACUUGAAACUUCUCAUCCGCAUCGGUCUACAGGGCUCUCUUCGACUAGAGCGUGAGACAAAGUCUCCAGAGGCACUAUACAAUUUCCUAGAUCUGACUGCGGAUCUUGAAGAAGUGAACAACAUUACAGCCAGUGAUCUAAACGCUGAUACCUCCCAGCUGGCCAAUUCCCAGUCUGAUUGCUGUGCCGCUUGCACAGAGCCAAUUGAUGAUGAAUGCAUUGUUUUGGGCCGGAGACUGUGGCAUAAAAAGCCCCCCCACCUUGUCUGUGGUGCUUGUCAAGAUGAUUUGACCCAUAGUCUUGAGCGUGCAAGAUGGAGCGAGAAGAAUGAUCGACCAUUCUGUCAAAACUGCGCAGUGCAGAGGGGCCAUGACCCUCAGGCUGUUGCUGGAUUCGAAAAUGUUACGAAGCUCCAACAAUAUGUCUUCCUCCUUCGAGUGGCCCUUGCAAGGCUCCUUUCCGUCUUGCGAUCUGGCGGUACACUCCCACAUACAUCUGAUGACCCUAAUCUGAAGCAAUAUGAGGCAAAUGAUGGCCACCGCAUUCCUCCACAAGCUGACCCGCAUCUCCCGCCUCAGCGUUCAAAUACCCGCUCAAUGUCAUAUACUGGCGAGCCGAACUCAGAGCCCACUCCAUCUUCCCUAGAGCAGACAGUUGGCGAAAUGCGAAGACUCCGGUCCACUAGGAAUGAACGGGCCAUAUCCACUACAUUCAAGAAGGCCCGAACUUCUCGCAUAAUAUCUGGCCCCGAAAGCAGCAGCGUCCAACCAGGUGCUCCUGGUGGAGCUAACAGCUCCCAAAACCAAAAUUUCCAGAUUGUUGAAGAACGGGAUGCUGAUGGCGAGCCAGUUGCCGACCUUACCUUCGGAAACCAAGAUGCCCUCACAUUGGAUGAUAUCCCGAGAAUUGUUGCCGCUGAGCAGGCCAAAGAGCAGCGUCCUAAUGCCUACAAACAUGCUGGCCAGAAUCUCAUUGGCAGCGGCGGCCCUGCUGCAAAGCUUGUCAAUGGUCACCAGCGAGGAGUAUCUGUUGACCAACGAGGAGCCAUGGAACGGCCUAGGGCAAAGAAAUAUUUUUCGGAACUAUCUGCUUUGGAGUAUUUCAUCGUUCGACACGUUGCCGUACUUUCCAUGGAGCCUUUACUGGAAGGUAGUUUCAAUCUAGAGGAACUCUUGGGCCUCAUCGAGCCUCGCAAGCCAACUAUUUGGAAUAUAUUUAACCGCGCCUUCAAAAAUGAUCCUCGAAAAGUCGGCAAAAAGAAGGGAGUUUUCGGUGUAGCCUUGGAGGUAAUCGUCGAAAGAGACGGCACUGAAUCGACUCAUGGUGUUGGACCAGGUACACUGCGAAUACCCACUUUCAUUGAUGAUGCUAUAUCUGCCAUGCGACAGAUGGACAUGUCUGUCGAAGGUGUCUUCCGGAAGAACGGAAAUAUCAAACGUCUCAGAGAAACCGCUGAGCUUAUUGACACUAAAUAUGAGGCAGCUGAGCUGGAUAAGGAGUCUGCGGUUCAAGUUGCAGCUUUGAUGAAGAAGUUCCUUCGAGAGAUGCCUGAUCCUCUUCUUACGUUUAAGCUACACAGCUUAUUUGUUAUUGCGCAAAAAAUCGCUGAUCCGGUGAAACGAAAGCGGGUUCUACAUCUCACUUGCUGCUUGCUUCCAAAGUCACACCGAGACACGAUGGAAGUACUAUUUUCAUUCCUUAACUGGGCCUCUUCAUUUUGCCAUGUUGAUGAUGAGACCGGUAGUAAGAUGGAUAUUCACAAUCUUGCUACCGUUAUGACUCCUAAUAUCCUCUACUCUAAUACAAAGGUUGCUGGCGUUGAUGACAGCUUCUUGGCUAUCGAGGCAGUUACAUCCUUGAUUGAAAAUAAUGAUACCAUGUGUGAGGUGCCAGAAGAUCUUCUAUCCAUUCUAACUGAUUCGACCCUUUUCAACGGCAGCGCUGAAAUCACUACCAAAGAAAUCCUGAAGCGUUAUGGGGCCUUGGGCAAACUCCCCGUGCCCCAGAGGGCCCCGACUGUCGCGGAAACCAUUCCUGUGCGUUCUGGCUCUUCGAAAGGAAAUAAUUCUCCCAUUGCCGCUCGUAUUGACACCGAUCCAUCACAAGCUACAGCCUGGCAGAUGCAGAGUUCUCAUACCGAGGCCGCCCUCCUGCUAUUUAAGUGA